AUGAAGCUCUUCCAAGCAGCCCUAACAGGGGCAUUGUUGGCAUCACCAGCCUUCGCUCACCAAAUAGCAGGCAUCCUCCUCGUCAACAACACCGCCUCGCCCGAAUGGAAAUACGUCCGCAACGUCUUCUCCGAGUUCUACAACCCCCCCGGCGCCUACCCCGACGGCAGCCAAUUCCCCAAAACGCCCCCCCUCAUGGACAUCACCAACCCCAACAUCACCUGCGGCCGGGCAGCCUUCGAUUCCGCGCCCACCACCGAAACCGCCGAUGUCCUGGCCGGUAGUGAAAUUGGCUUCCGCGUGUCGUGGGAUGGGAACGGCCCGGGGGGAGUGUUCUGGCAUCCUGGGCCUGGGCAGGUGUAUAUCUCGCAGGUGCCGGGGGAGGUGGAGGGUGGGUUGGGGGGGUUCCAUGGGAAGGAGGGGGAGUGGUUUAAGAUUGCGUAUGCGGGGCCGGUGAGUAAUAGGGAGUGGACUUUGUGGGGGGCGCAUGAUUUCAACUUCACCAUCCCGGCCACCACACCCCCAGGUGCGUACCUUAUGCGUCUUGAGCAAUGGCUGCCGACCAAGAUGUACAACUACAGCCAAUGGUAUGUCAACUGCGCACAUAUCAACGUGAUCGGCCCGGGUGGGGGCACGCCGACGGGGUUUGCCAAGUUCCCGGGGACAUACACUGUUGAUUCGCCGGGUUUGCAAAUCCCUGAAAACCAGGUUGUGGACGGUGGAUGGGUGCCGGAUGAUCAGCUGCGGCUGUUGGAGUAUCAGGCGCCCGGGCCGGAUGUGUGGACGGGUGAGGCGUGA